CUGUUUAAAAGUUCGACGUUAGCAGAUUCGCUCCGAAUGUGAUAUGAGGCACUGAGAUCAUUUUUGGUCAGUCUGUGAUUCGCAAGUGUACGGUGAACAAGUGGAACGUUAAAAAUGACUGUUCAGAUGUGCCUGCUGUGUUUCACAGCAGCUUUUUUACUGAUACACACAACCAAGGCCCAAGGAAUACCUGGAUAUGUUCCACCACUAUACAAUGUUCCAAAAUAUGUAAAUCAAGGUCUGAAUGCAUAUCGUCAGACACAGCAAAUUGCUAAAGCUGCUAGUGGCCUUGGUUUACCUGUACCUCAGACUCAAAAAAUCGUAGCUAAUGUUGCUCUUCCACUUAUACCACCAGCUCAGAAACUCGCAACGAAUGUCGGUUUGUCGUUAUUACCAGCAACUCAAAGACUUGGAACCAACGUUGGUCUGCCACUAUUACCAAAAAUAUUCCCAAGUGGACUCCCAGUAUUACCUCAAAUACCCCCGACCUUUGCAGUAGGCACGAAACUAAGACCACUUUCAGCAUCAACGCUUUUGUUAAAUACAAAUCCAUCAAUACCACGAAUAAGUCCAUUGCAAAUAAGAUCAACUGAUAACAAAACAAACACUGAAAAAGAUCAGGCGAACACAGCUGAAGAAGAAAAAUUUGAAGAACAAGCAAACGCUGCGAUAAAUCCAAUUAAUGAAGCUUCUGAUGAUGAAUUUAAAGAAGUUAUUGGUUCAUCAGGUUCGUUUAAUAAUGAUACCACAGACGAGGUACACCAAACAAAAACUCGAUCCCCAGAUAAUAAAGGUGACGAACUUGAUUAUCUAUCAAAAGCGGCAAAUCCUAUCGAUGAUAUUGGAAGUUUGAUUAAAAAAGUCAGCCAUGGACUAAAACAUACUAUGGAAAAAAUAGACACUACACUUUGGCCUAGUCACGCUAAACCAGAAAUGAAGGUAGAUCUAUAUACUACGCCAUUCAAUGAGUGGGCCAACCUUCCAGAAAACAGGAACAAGACCUACGAAGAACUAUCGGCAGAAUGGGGAGCGAAACGAUUAAAAAUGCCGAUCAGUGAGUGGUAUAAACUUCCAGAAAACAAGAAUACUCCGUUUCGACUGCCAGAAGGAAUGAUAAUGAAACAAGCAGAUCAAUUAACUAUACCAUUUGAUAAGUGGUUAAAACUUCCAGAAAACAAGAACAAGACUUACUUAGAACUAUCGGCAGAAUGGUUGGAUCGGUUAAAUGCAAGUAGAGAUCCUGCGUAUCGACUGCCGAGCGAAUUGGGCAAACUUGGAAGUAGUAAUCCUAUAUCACAAAUAAGGGUAGCUGAUCGAUUUAAUAUACCAUUCGAUGAGUGGUUAAAACUUCCAGAAAACAAGAACAAGACUUACUUAGAACUAUCGGCAGAAUGGUUGGAUCGGUUAAAUGCAAGUAGAGAUCCUGCGUAUCGACUGCCGAGCGAAUUGGGCGAACUUGGAAGUAGUAAUCCUUUAUUACAAAUGAAGGAAGCGGGAUUUCUUUCUACACCAUUCGUUGUGUGGGCAAGACGUCCAGAAAACAGGCACCUGACUCAUGAACAAAAAGUAUCAAAAUAUAUCGAUGAAUUGACUGAGUCCGUAAGACAAGGAUAUCCACAACCGUCAGUAAUGGACAUGAAAGCAAAUAAUGCUGAACCAGAAAUUAACCCGAUGAAUAAAUUGUUUGAGUCGGCAGCUAAAUUAGCUGACAGCUUUAUUGAUGCAAUGUCACGAUCGGGUAAAAAUAGGAAUGAGAUGUCUGAAUCGGGCCAGACAAAUAAUCCGAUAAAUACAUAUUGGAAAAAAGCUUCCGAUUUGGCUGGUCAAAUGGCCAAUUCUAAGUAUCCAGGAGCUGUGCGCGGCGAAGCUGGCCAACUGAAUGAUAGUAAUGAUUGGCAGAAGGUCAUAGAUUUAGCUAAUCAAAUGACAGAUUCUAGCAAAGAUAAAGAAUUUUCAUCAAAUCAGAGAAACUUUCCAUUUAUGCAUGGCACGAUAGCGAUGGACCAAAAAGAUGCACAGUUUGGAACACAUCCAAAUGGAUAUUUUUAUAGUAAUCAACCAAUGCCCUAUCCGUAUUCUGCGGCUUUUGGAGGUACUUACAAUCAGUGGAAUCAACCAGGCUACAUUAGCCCAAUAUUUGAUCCAGCAGCUAGCUCAGCACAUGGUAUAAGUAGAUUCAACAACGCUGGAGGAUUUUACAAGAGCAAAAAUCCAUCUGAAAUAUUAUCCAAUCCAAUGACGCAAUAUACUGCAAUGUUUCCUGUAUUAUCCAGAACAUACAGGCAGAUGCCUCCACCACCGCUACCACCAUAUGGACGACCAAAUCCAAUUGGCGGAUUAGCACAUGCAACAGUCGAUACAGUCCGUACAGCCCUUAGUGGCAGAAAACCUUUACCACCACCACCUUCGCCUCUACCAUUUGAAAGACCUCCAUCACCACCAUUCGGAAUACCUCCACCUCCAAAUUUUGAGCCUGUUAGGGUGGACGGGCCUAGAUCAUUUGGAAGUAGGCACGUUCUUCCACAGGGAGGACCUCUAAUUAAAAGAAGUGGAUCACCUGCAAAUAUCUGGGAUUCGGCAACUGGCUUAGCAGAUAGUAUUAGAAAUAUAGCAACAAAUCCUGGAAAAACAAAUGCAGGCCAAAUCCUAGGAUCAACUGGUACAAUUUUUAACGCAGCUAAAGAUUUACCGGGUGAUAUCGAUAGUGAUAAAUUACUUGGCUCAUCCAAACUAAGUGAUUCACUAUUAAAUCCUAUUAAUCCUAUUGGUAAGAUCGUGAAUUCAGCAUCUAGUUUGGGAAGUCAAAUUACGAAUAUAGCAUUAAAUCCUGCAAACGUUGUAAAUAGUGAAUCAGUUAAAUCAGCUGAACCUUUGAGUUUAGCAAAUCAAGCUGUUGGUAUGGCUGGGCAAAUCGUUAAUACAGCUUUGAAUCCUGAAAUGAAUGGAAAAGGACAGUUACUACAAUCUUUAGGCCCAACAUACGCUGGCGGAUUCUUCCCAAGAAACAACCCGUCUGGAUCGAUAGUGAAUUCAGCAACUCAAUUAGCUAGUCAAAUUUUGAAUACUGCGGCUACAAAUCCUGGCAAUAUUGGAAAAAUACCGUUGCUUAAGGCAACUCCAGGAAUCGGAAACUACGCAGGUGCUCUUCCUUUAGGUUCAAUAUUUAACUCUGCCACUAAAUUAGCUGGUGAUAUAACUAAUGUUGCUACUGCUCCUGGAAAGUUAUUGGUUCGAUAAAAAUAAUUUAGGUGCUAUUAAUAUAUAAAGAAGUGUAGUAAGAUUUUCUUAAGGCUGGUCAGUAUUUGUAAAUAUGAUACUUAAACAAAUUCUUUAGAUUAAUUUCGCGAGUCGUUGGUUCUAACGAUCAUUUUAAAGUCUAAAUUUAUAUAAUAUAUAUAUUUUAUUUAUUGCAUUGCGAUUUCAUUCUCAUAGUGUAUUAUUUAUGUCGUCAACUAUGUUAUUGUAAUAAAUCAGUUAUUAGUUAAUAUAUUCAUAAUAAUAUAGAUAUUGUCCCUUAUCGACUACCGUCCAAUGUACAUUUACACAUAAUUAUUUUUAUUUCAAUAAUUAUAUGUAUUAAAUGUAUUUUUAACAAUUAGAGCUUACAACAAAUAAUUGUUAUGAUCGAAUAAAAAGUAUGCAUAUUUUAA